CCGGGUUUCUUCACCUAUUUAAGCCCUGUCCUUGUUAGCUUCCGCAUGUUUUUUUCGUUUAUUCCUCGUCAUCCCUUUUUGCGUUUCAAUUUGAGUUUUUAUUUCAGGUAAUUUUCAAAAAUGCAAUCUACUCUCCGAAUUAUUUUAGUUUUUCUCCUGGUUCUUGUUCUGGUUGAUGCACAAUAUAGAAUGAUGGCUAAUUACGGUCCAGCUUGGCGUCAAAAGAUGUGGAGGAAAACUCGUGUCUCGUCUCCAGCUUUUGAGGAUGUUGCAGACAGUGGGCUGAUCGACAUGUUGGCAAAUUAAUUUCAAUUUCAAAAAUAAAUAACAAGAGAUUAACUUUGUUUCAUCAAAUUUUUUAAAAAAGUAUAUAAAUAAAGAUCAGUGGGCCGGGAUUCAUUUUCAUUGAUGGAAAUAGUAAAACUAAUUCGAUAAUAAAAAGUUUGU